AUGGAGGAUAUGCAGACCGACAUGGAGCGCAUCCAGCAGGCCUACAUGGAGCAGGCCACCCGCAAUGAGAAGCUGGCUACGGCCUUACGGAGCGACCGGAGGUGCCUGGCAGAGCUGGUGGAAACCAUCAGGAUGUCCAAGGAUGACCACGAGGCUAUGGUCACAAGGCAUUAUGGGCUAGAGAUAGCCCUGAGAGAAGUGGAGAAGAAGCGUGAGGACCUCCAUAACUGUAUGAAGAAGGAAUUUGAGCAGAACCAGGCCCUGUUGAACGACAACAAGGAGUACAUCUCCCUGCUGGAGGAAACAAACAAGAAACUGAAGUCAGAGCGUGCACGUGGAGAGAGACUGAGUGCUCAACUCGUGUCUCGCAGCAAGGAGUCAGCCGAGCACGAGUCGCGGCUGCAUAGCAUGGCCAAGGCACACGAAGACAUGUGCGCCCAGCGACAGCAACUUGAGGCUGAUGCCCAGGUCUUGAGGGCCAGCAUCAGGAGCAUCGAGGACUCCCUCAGCAGGGCCGUCGAAUCCUCUGCCAAGGACAGGGAGGUGCAAUGCGCAGAGAUCGCACGGCUGUCAGUGGAGGCUGAGAACCUUUCAGCCAAGCUGCUUGAGAGUGAUCUGAAGCUCGAGGCAGCCGCCACAAGCCUCGAAUCAAUGCGAACGGAGAAGGCUAGCCUUGCCGUCACACAGGCCCAGCUUCAGGAGGAGGUGUGCGAGGCCAUGGCUAAGAUCUGCGUGCUAAAUCGGCAGCUGGACGCGGCAGAGGCCGAGAAUGCCGCAAUGCUGGCUGUGCUGGAGGGCGAGCGCCUCCUGAACCAGGAUGCGGUCAACCAGGCUCAAGCCGAGCUCAAAGCCGGGGCGAUCCGCCAGCAGGAGCUUGAGGGCUGCCUCGUACAGAUGCAGGAGCAAGUGGCCGGUGCCACAGAGAGAACGCGGGUUGGGGUUGCCCUGGAUAACGCACAGCUUGACGUCCUGGACCUUCACCAGCGUCUCACUCUGGAACAUGCCAAGUCUGAGGCGAAAGAGGAGGUUUGGGCUCUAGAGGUGAACGCCCUCGAGGGGAAGCUAACCGAGAGCCGGAAGCUCCUGCACAUAGCAUCUGACGAGAUGCACACCAGGCUGAGGGCUGCCAUGCUGUCCUUCCAGUCCAAGGAAGACACCCUCAUUCACCGAACGGCCAAGAACCUGGAUGAGCUGCACCGGGCACAUCGCGCUGAGCUUGCACAGGUUGCAGCACAGCACAAGCAGGAGCUGGAGACCCUCCAGGCCAACAUCGAUGUGUCGGUGCAGGAUGCAAUGGAGGCCAAGGUUCGGACCGAGGUGCUGGAGAAGCUGAACCUGCAGACCCAGCUGUCCAAGGCUGAGAGGUUGGCCGAAGACAAGGAGUCGCAGCUUAAGGUGCAAUGCGGGGAGACCGAAGCUGCACGUGCAGUGGCCGCCCGCCUGCAGGCCCGCAUCGACGGCAUGCAGGUCAUGCUGAGUCAGCACAAACAGCUCCUGGCCGGCAUCGGCCUGGCGGCGGCGGAGGCGGGCAAAAAGUAUGUGGAUCUGGGCGGGGGGGAUGGCACGGAGAGCGGGGAGAGCGAGGAGGAGCAUGGACCCGACUCCUUCCUGGUGGCGGUUAACCCGCAUACGCUGGAUGACCCUGGCAGGGACGCCGGGGCGGGCGACCUCGUGGUGGAGGGAGGGAUGGCGGACACCCUGGCCGAGGUGGGCGUGGUGGAGGCGGUCGCAGAGGCGGUGGGCGUGGUGGUCGACUCCCGCCUGGGAGCCGCCCACAUUGCCGAGCAGCUGAAAGAGUUCCAGCACAGCGAGGAGACAGAGUACAAGUUCCCGCCGGGCCUGUCCAACCACGACCGGGCGGUGGUGCAUGCAGAGUGCAAGAAGUAUGGCUUCACCAGCAAGUCCUACGGGAAGGGGGACAACCGUGCGGUGACGGUGCGUAAGACGCGGCAGCGCUCCCCCGGACUGGGCGCCAUCCCUCUGCACCUGGCGCAGCCGGCGCGGCAGGCGCUGGCGCAGCACAUGCGAGACUUCCCGUCCUCCGACGCGUCCGGCUCGGGCGGGGUCGCGCCCGCCGGCCGCCGGCGGCCCGGCUCCUCGCGGCCGCGCGGCGCGGCGCACACCUCCGCGUCCAUGACCGGCGAGGAGGUGGCGGCGCGCCUGGCGGCGUGGCGCGCCGCGGUCGCCCGCCCCGAGGCCGCCGCGCUGCAGUCGGCGCGCGCAGCGCUGCCCAUGGCCGCACAUCGCGCGGAGCUGCUGGCGGCGGUGGCCGCACACCGCGUGGUCCUGGUCAGCGGCGAGACGGGGUGUGGCAAGACCACGCAGGUGCCGCAGUACCUGCUGGAGGACGCGUGGGCGGCGGGGCGCGGCUGCCACGUGCUCUGCACCCAGCCCCGCCGCAUCUCCGCCGUGUCCUGCGCGGAGCGCAUCGCCGCGGAGCGCGGCGAGGCCCCCGGGGUCAACGUCGGGUACAACAUCCGGCUGGAGAGCUGCGGCGGGCGCGACGCCUCGCUCCUCUUCGCCACCAACGGCGUCCUGCUGCGCAUGCUGUCCUCCGGCGCCGACGCCCUGGCCCACGUCACGCACCUGGUCAUGGACGAGAUCCACGAGCGCGACCGCUUCGCAGACUUUGCGCUCAUCCUCGUCCGCGACGUGCUGCCCGCCAAUCCCAACCUCCGCGUCGUCCUCAUGUCCGCCACCCUGCACGCCGACCUCUUCUCAGGCGUGUGUCGUGAUGCUGGGAGGGUUCUGGACUACUUUGGGGGCUGCCCCAUGGUGCGCGUGCCAGGCUUCACACAUCCGGUGGAGGACUUUUACCUGGAGGAGGUACUGCGCCUGGUGCAGUACCAGGUCCCCCGCGAGGCACAGGGCCAGCGCGGGGGCCAGCAGCACACCUGGCACAAGGCGAGGCCCGGCAGGGGUCUGGGGCUGGGCACCGUCCCCAGGGCGCAGCGCGCUGCUGUGCAGGCGGCGGUGGAGGCUGCGUUCAAGGACGACAGCGACGCCGCCUUCGAGCACCUGCUGAGCACGCUGGGCCUGGGCAUGGACGGGGACGGCGCCGUGUCCGCUCAUGUUCUGGACGUCCAGCACGAGGCCACAGGUGCCACGGCGCUGAUGGCGGCGGCGGGGAGGGGGCGCCUGGAGACCCUGCGCCUGCUGCUGGCGCAUGGCGCCGACGUGACUGCGCGCUCCCAGGACGGCUCCUCGGCGGCGGGCUGGGCCAGGAUGUUUGGCCACGCCGACGUGGCGGCCGAGCUGGAGCAGCACGAGCAGCAGGCAGCCGCCGCGGCAGCCAUCAGUCAGACGGCGCUCGCCGUCGCCCAGUACCAGUCCGAGACCGACAUCGAUGAGGUGGACCUCGACCUCAUCCUGCGGCUGCUCCAGUACAUCUGUGGGGAAGGGCCAUUCAGCAACCCACAAGCCCAGAAGGACGCCCAGCCCGGGGCCGUGCUCAUCUUUCUUCCCGGCUGGGACGAGAUCUCACGGCUCAAGGAACUCCUGGAGCGCGAUCAGGCCUUCCGCCGGACCCACAGCGGCUACCUCAUCCUGCCACUGCACUCCAUGGUGGCGCCGGCGGAGCAGCGUCGCGUGUUUCAGCGGCCCCCCCGCGGCGUCCGCAAGCUCGUCCUGGCCACCAAUAUCGCAGAAACCGCCAUCACCAUCGACGAUGUGGUGGUGGUUAUCAACGCUGGCCGGCUUCGUGAGAAGGGGUAUGACCCCUUCACCGGAUCGGCGUGGAUCAGCCGCGCCUCGGAGCGGCAACGGCGCGGUCGGGCGGGGCGGUGCCAGCCCGGCACCGCUUUCCACCUUUACACCCGCACACGGUCGGAGGCGCUGGCGGAGUUCCAGGUGCCCGAGCUGCGACGGAGCCCCUUGGAGGAGCUGGCGCUGCAGAUCAAGCUGCUGGAGGUCGAGGGGCAGAGCCUGCCCAUUGCCGAGUUCCUGGCCAAGGCCAUCGACCCUCCUGUGCCCCAGGCCAUCAAGGCUGCCCGCCAGCUCCUUGAAGACAUUGGCGCGCUGGACGAGGCCGAGCACCUCACGCCGCUGGGGCGCCACCUGGCCAACAUCCCGCUGCCCCCGGCCCUGGGCAAGCUGCUGCUGUAUGGCGCGAUGUUCAAGUGCCUGGACCCCAUCCUGACCCUGGCCUGCUUCAAGGCCUACAGGGAGCCUUGGGUGCUGCCCACCGCGUUUGACGCCAGGGCGGCUGCCUGGAACCUGCGCUGCCAGAUGGCAGAGGCCAUCGGGGGUGCGUCGGACCACAUGGCCUGCCUCCAUGCCUUCCAGUGCUACAAGGAUGCCAGAAGGAACGGAAGGGAGCGCGGGUUCUGCGCCCAGAACUUCAUCUCGCCCUCCACCAUGGCCAUGGUGGAUGGGAUGAGGGGCCAGCUGGCCUCGGAGCUCCAGCGCCUCGGAUUCAUCAGGGACGUGGGGGAGGCGUCCAGCUCCGCCGCCGAUCUCGGGCUGGUCCGUGCCGUCCUGGCAGCGGGCCUGUACCCCAUGGUGGGGCGGCUCCUGCCGCCCACCUCCGGCCGUGCCAUGGUGAUGACGAGACGAGGCGAAAAGGUCCGCAUCCACCCUAGCUCCGUCAAUGCCAAGAUGGGGUUGAAGGAUCGCGAAGCAGACAGCCGAGGCACCGAUGUCCAGGAGAACAGACUGCUGGUCAUCGACGACUUGACCCGGGGCGAUGCCUCCCUCUACGUCAAGGCGUGCUCCGAGGUGCCGGCCCUGGCCCUGCUGCUGGUGGCCGCCUCGGUGCAGCUGACGAAGCAGGAGGAAAGCGAGGACGAGGACAGCGAGGGCGAGCCUGACGACGGGGUUGGUCGCCGGGCCACGCGCCCCGCGGCGGCCUGCCUGGUGAUGGACGAGUGGCUCAGAUUCCGCGUCGACCCCGGCCUGGUGGCGCCGCUGGCCAGGCUCCGCGCGCGACUGGCCGGCGCUUUUCAGUGCACGGUGCAGGAUGCGAGGGGCAGCCUGAGCCCCGAGCACACGGGUGCGAGCACAGGGGUUUAG